AAGGAAUAUGUUUCGACUUAAUCCUGCACGCCGGAUACACGGCGCUGCAAGACACAUAAUUUUAUCAGACAUAGCAUCAUCGCAAUUCACUCGUCGAGGAUUCACAUCGUCAAUACCACGAUCUCAACAGCCACAACCACCACAACUAGAGAAAUCAAAUACAUUCAAAGAAGGCAUAUCCGCUUAUCGCCCCUUUGGCGCACCAUUUCUCAAAGUCUUUCUCGGCGCUAUUUUCACGUAUCAAGUUAUUUACUAUGCAUGGAUGAAACUUGAGACAAGUGAGAAGAAAUUUUUGAAGAAUGGACUGGAGAAGGAGGCUAAGAAGUUGGCUGCUGAGGCAAAGUCUUGA